GACACCGCGGUGGGUUUCCCCCGCCUGAGGAGGACAGUUGACAACACGAGGCUAGAGACCACGAGGAGUCAGUUAGCCAGUGAACGUUACACUGUGCGGUGCGAGCACAGUCAGUCAGUCAUCUGCACGGUGCUUUGUAGACCGCAGUUAGUCGCUUCAGGGCCAUACGUACACUGAUAAAAGAUGUAUUGCAGAAUCAGUCUGAGUUUACUGACACUGGCAGUUCUGUUUGCCGCCACCACUCCCGAGCCGGUCCCACAGUAUUACCCUUUGCCGUUCGCCGGGCAGCCUGCCUACAAUCCUCCCCCAGACCCCGUGUACAGUGGUACCCAUCAAUGGCAGCAGACCCUUCAGAAUAACUUCUCCGGCGCAAAUUUCCUGGACCCACUCUCUGCGUCUGCAGCCGAACAACUUCCGAAGAACGACAUUCCCCGGCAACUCUACGGGGUGCCCCCUCCACCCAACACUCAGUUUCCGCAGUACCCUCAGAUAUACAAGCUGGACAACCUCAUCAUCAUAGCAAACCCGCCGCAGCCGCAACCCUGCAUUCCCCAACGACCGCCACCAAACUUUCCUAAGCCCGGCGGCGGCUCUGAGGACGGCCUUGACGAUCGCGGCCAAUUUGGGGAGGAGGGACCGAGCAAAUGCACCUGGGCGAUAGUCGCGUGCUGCUCUCCUGGUAGCAGGGAUGUCCGUUAUAACUGCUUCGAGUUGCUGGGAUGUCCGGGAUACUUCUUCGACAACAGUCCUUGUGAGCCCAAGACCGUAAUGGCAGCAGCUAACGCUGCUCUGGACUUCUACAGAAGUGCCAAUAAUGGAACGACAAAUAACAACCGAGUCUAACUUAAAUCCGAUCAAGUAAUCUGAAUCGUAAAAAUUGUAAAGUGACGUGCUGAGGAAACUUAUUCAAGAACGAGUUAAAUCGAAUCCUGGUGUUUAAUCAAUAACACCAAGAGUAUUUGAUGAUCAUGUUAUAACCUUUAUUUCAUUUGUAACGUUCCUGCAUGUAGAACUGCCAUGUAUAUAGCUAUUUAUUUUGCUUGUUUACUUGAGAGAGUACCUGUGUGAUUGUAGUUCUUAAUUUAGUUUAAAUAAACUAGUCUUUAAGUAAGUAUUAGUUUUUAUAAUCAUAUAUAAAACAGUUUUUUCACUGUGUGAAACAAAAUUGCCCAACUUUAUUUUAUAUUUACAAAUGGAGUUUGUAAUUUAUACAUAAUUGGAAUCAGAAAUAGUUGGGGGUUUUGUAUCACAUUGCAUAAAUUACUACCUCUUUUUUCCGCAAUACUAAAAUGUCUAUUUUUAGAUCAACCUUUGUUUAUAAAGAUUGAGUUGUUAUUAUAGAUUAGUAGCCUACUAUAUAAAUAGUUUUACUGAUUAUUUAAAUAAAAUCGAACUAAACAAUAUUA